CUCAUUGGAUGUACGCUCUAAACCAAACAAGAGUGACUGAGUUUGUCUUCUUGGGACUCUCUGAUAACUGGAUGCUGGAAAUACUAUUUUUCACGGCAUUCUCAGUCACAUAUGUGCUAACCCUUUUGGGGAACAUUCUCAUCCUGGUUACCAUAGUCUUUACUCCACGUCUCCAUACCCCCAUGUAUUUCUUCCUGAGCAAUCUGUCCUUUAUUGACAUCUGCCACUCAUCUGUCACCGUGCCCAAGAUGCUAGAAGGUUUGCUUUUAGAGAAAAAGACCAUUUCCUUCGACAACUGCAUUGCGCAGCUCUUCUUCCUACAUCUGUUUGCUUGUGCUGAGAUCUUUCUCCUGACCAUUAUGGCCUAUGAUCGUUAUGUAGCCAUCUGCACCCCAUUACACUACCCCAAUGUGAUGAACAUGAGGGUCUGCGUACAGCUUGUUUUUGCUCUCUGGUUGGGGGGUACAGUUCACUCACUGGUGCAGACUUUCCUGACCACACGUCUACCUUACUGUGGCCCCAACAUUAUUGAUAGCUAUUUCUGUGAUAUACCUCCUGUCAUCAAGCUGGCCUGCACAGAUACAUACCUCACAGGAAUGCUGAUUGUGUCCAAUAGUGGAACCAUCUCCCUCACUUGUUUCCUGGCUUUGAUCGCCUCCUACAUGGUCAUCCUGGUUUCUCUUAGAAAACAGUCAGCUGAAGGGCGCCGGAAAGCCCUGUCUACCUGCUCAGCCCACUUCAUGGUGGUUGCCCUCUUCUUUGGACCUUGUAUUUUCAUCUACACUCGGCCAGAUACCAGCUUCUCCAUUGACAAGGUGGUGUCUGUCUUCUACACGGUGGUCACCCCUUUGCUGAAUCCCCUCAUUUACACCCUGAGGAAUGAAGAGGUAAAAUGUGCCAUGAAGCAGCUCAGACGGAGACAAGUUUUUUCAUGAAAUUAUGUACAUGAUGGGUUUAGGUUUGCAGAUAUAAUUAUGGCCAUACCUUUAAUGAGAGAGCAAAAGUAAAGAAUCAAAAUCGUUAGAUGAAAUGGCGUGGAAAAGGGCAGACGUUUGCAUUAAAGAGAUGGACUUAUUAACUAUUACUUAAAUAAAGGAAAAAACCAUGGUGGAACACGUAAGUGGAAAAAGAAUCUGGAAAAGUUUAAAGAAGCCUUCUGGUUUCACCAGUAAAAACACGAUUUGGGGCACAGACUCGUUUUCAGGAACAGGUAGUGGUGUGAGAACAUACUUUCUUGAUUUGUACUGUUCCAUGGGUUAUUGCCUCUGGGAAGCUGCACCUCGCACCUGUGUUUGACACUAUAGUGGUUUCA